AUGGAUGAGGAUCUAGUCCUCGUCGAUAGGGGUCCUUCGAUGAACAUAAUCUCAUCGCUCAUAGAGCCCCCCUCGCCCGAGCCGCCAUCUCCUGACACGAAAACCCCCGAGUCUUCUUCUGAAGAUGAUCAGGUUAUCGAAUCAAGCCAUGGACACCACCGUGCACCUGGGAAAUAUGUCCAAUUUCCCAUAGCUUCAGGCAUGGGAAUGAGCCCAGUCUCAACGACAAGUGUUUUGAGCAUCGACACUCCUGGCUUCAUGCACUUGUGUUAUGGCGCAGAAGUGAGGCGGGAUGAUCCAUACCUAGGCAGCUGUGGUCCAAAAGCAAAGAAAGGGUUAAAGGAGGACGAUGCCAACACAGAACUUUGUGGAAAAGAACAUGAUCCUAUGAAGAAAAGUCACCCUGAAAUGACAGUAAGCAAAGGAACCGCUAUUCGAUGUGCCAGGCGCCUGAGUUCCACGAAUUUCCAUCUUCCACCCCCUCCACCUCCUCCACCGCCUAUGGGGUUUCAGACCUCUUUCCCCCCUUUCUCUUCUCCACCACCACCGCCGCCUCCGCCUCCACCUCCACCACCUCCACCGCCGCCGCCACCACCGCCUCCCUCGCAAAUGGAGUCUCCUUUUUUCCCCAUAACCGAGGUUGUUACCGCACACCAACUCAUAACUACGCACACGUCAAACGACUACAACGAUGUGGAAAGUCGUUUUAUUAGGAUCAUUCCGUUCCGACGCAACAUUAUUCGCAUGCGACACCCAGCCCACGCGGUCGACUUCAAAGAGUAUGAGUGGCUUCUACGAUUCUGCAACACAGAGGUGUGGUACGAGAAGCCAGGCAGGACGCAAUUGAGGAAAAUGAGGAUCCCCGAAAUGGUGCAGUGCACUGAAGAAAGAAUCAGCCCGAUGCCGCAAGCCAUGCCGAUCAGCCUCGAGACCCCCAAAGUAUGGGCAUCGGCUGCUCUUACUACACCCGUGGACGAAGCUGUGCGCCAGGCAAUGGUUCCAAUGGGCAGCGCAAGCCUGCACUUUGCUCGUCAGCAAAUGAAAGCGCUCAAGAGCACAUCGCUGGUCUACUGCGUGGUGAUUACAACCUACCACACCGAAGGCAUCAUGUACCAAGGAACGCAACACGGUGGACGCCAGAUCUACAAACUAAUCAAGUGCGGGAGCCGUGAGGCGGCUAUCAUGGAAGCCUUCCAUGCAGCUGGCAUGAACGGCUGGAACGUCGCUUUCUCGUGCGUGAUGAGGCUUGGCGAGGAUUUCGAAGAAAGAUGUGGGAAGGCGAAGCAAAUCGAGCGGCUCUGGGAGCUGGGGCUGGAGGAGCAUGCUGGAGACGAAAUUCGCGUCUUCUACUAG